AUAAUGUAAUGGGCGUCAUAUAAACCCAGCUUCUAUACCACUUCUCCGCAGAAUAAAUUGCUUCUUGACGAAAGAGGAAGAACAUGUUGCUCCCGGCUGGAAUUCGUUUACAUAUAUUCUUGGUUAUAUCACUCCUCGGUGGCGAAGUCUCAAGUUUUCUUUCCCAAAGCACCAAUACACAUGAUCGGUCGGUUGAGAUUUCUUGUGGAAGGAAUGCAUACUUGAAACAGAUAUCUAGUGUCCAUGACGAAACAUACGAAGGCAGAGAAUGGUCGCUCAGUUGCCACCAAUCUCCUCCGGACAUCAGGAUCAGGGACUGCUUUUGGUCAGGCUACGUCCAUGAUCAUGGAGAAACAUUCAUCUACCUGUGUCCAGGAGAUACAAUCGUGAACGGUUUACGAAGUGUCUAUACUAACUAUAAUGGAGAUAGGCGUUGGAACGUCCAGUGUUGUUUGAUCCGACGUCGACGGAGAAACGAUUGUUAUUUCACUCAGUACAUCAACGAGCUUAACAGUCCAUUCGGAUUUACCGUACCUCCUGGUCGGUUUAUACAUGGAAUCCACAGUAUCUAUGACGCGGGGGCACGUGACCGUGUUUAUGCAUAUGAUGUCUGUCAGUUUGUUUAAGAACACCAAUGCGAAUUCAUGGAGUGUAUCUAGCGGUUUGUCAGUUUUGGGAAUGUACCAAUCGAACUGUUUAAAAUGUAGCCAACCCGGCGUCAUAUAUUCAUACCUCAUUCAUAAUAAACUCUUAAUCAGAU